CAUUUGCAUAAAAAGAAUGGAUUCUCAUCAGGUUCUGCUCUCAUUCUCUAUAUAAAAGAUCUCCAGUCUCCAUAUUCAACAACACCAAACACAACAAGAUAAAGUAAACAAUUAAACACACACCAAACCAAACCACACCACAACCCUUUUUCCAAAAUAAAAAAUUUUCAACCUCAUCAAGAGCUUGAAACUUGUUCCAAUGAGCAUGUUAGGCCUAAGAGAUCUAGUUUUCAUAGCUCCAAACCCAUCUUCCCUGCACCACCAACACCAACACCAAGUCCAACCCAUUUCAUCAGACCCCAAUUCCAACCUUAAUCCUCUCCCUUCAUCAGCUUCCCUCAGUGUUGGCUUUGGCAUUUUCCCUCUCCUAACCGCCACUCCUUGCAUGCCACAACAACAACACCAACAACACCCUCAGAACAACAACAAUGAAGUUCAAAACCAAGAGUGUGCUGCUAACAACACCAACACCAACACCAACACCGCCACUAACUAUUGGAACCUCAAAAUGUGCCCAGAAGUGGAUCCUGAUCCUCCAAAGAAAGGUGCAAUGAACAACCUCGUGGAUGAUGAUGAGAACCACCACAACAACAACAACAAGCUCGUGAUGACAACGUCUGAGAGUGAAGAAAACGGUGUUUACGGUCCUGAUUUCAGGGUUUGUCAAGAUUGCGGAAACAGAGCAAAGAAGGAUUGUCUCUUUAGAAGGUGCAGGACAUGUUGUAAGGGGCGCGGGUAUGACUGCAACACGCACGUGAAGAGCACGUGGGUUCCUGCAGUUCGCCGCCGCGAGCGCGAGGUGACGGUGGUUUCCGGCGGUGAGGGUGGUGGUGGUGGUGAUGGUGGUUGCUCUGUUGUUAAGAGGCCAAAGCCUUUUUCACAUAAUGCAACUGCCACCUCUCACAGCUCCAACUCUAAUGCUCCCACACCCAAAAGCUUAGCUAAUAGCUCUUGCCACCAAGAUGCUGGGUUCAAAGAGAGUUUACCAGGUCAUGUCCGUGCACCUGCAGUGUUCAGGUGCCACAGAGUCACUGCUAUUGGCAAUGGUGAAGAUGAGUUUGCUUACUUGGCCACGGUUCAUAUCAGUGGGCAUGUGUUUCAGGGGUUUCUUUAUGAUCAUGGUGUUGGUGGGAAAAAUGCUUGUGUUUCAGAGCUGCAACUGGGAAAGAAUUGUAGUGGGAAGAAUGGGGAUUCUGCAAUUGGGGUUCCACACAAUCAUGCCUACCCUGCUUCUGCUAGUUGAAGAUUAAUUGCAUAGAGGUUGACUUCAACUUUGAUGAAGGAAAAGACACACAACACUUGUUCAUUGCAAUAGAGCACCGGCACCAACCACCAUUGCCUCUCAACUCAACUCAACUCAUGUAUCCCACUUUUUUUUAUUUAUAAAUAUGUUAGCUUAGCCCUCACACUUAAAACUCUCAUAAGAGAAAUAUGAUAAAUGAUGUGAUAGAAAAAGAAGAGAGACAAUUGUGUUUGCAGUUUGCAUUGCUGUUCCUUUCUGUCUUAGUUUUAUUCGUUUAUUUAGAUCAGAACUUUAUAGCUGACUUUUAAUGAGGACUUACAACAUAUAAACUUUCUAUUUGUAAA